AUGAGGUCCGUGCGGCUCCUCCUCCUCCUCCCCCCCCUGCGGCCGCUCGCCUCGCGGUGCCGCUGGGCCUCCUCCGCUCUCCCGCGGGGGCGGUGGGCAGUCCCCGAGCAGCCCGGGAAGGCGCCGCGCCUGCUCCGGCCCCCGGGCCAGUGGCCGCUGCCGGGCUGGAGGCCGUUCCGUUCGUCACAAGCGUCCUGCAAGCUGCCCGGCAGCGACCUGAGAGAGGUCGAUGCGGGCAGCUGCGCUGAAGCUGUUGGUGAGGAGGAGGAUGAGGAUGAAGGCGUGGAGUUCGGGACGCUGUCUGAUAAAUUUUCUUCUAGAAAUUAUUAUCACAAAACCACAUCGCGCUUUCAGAACUUAAAGCUUCAAGAAGAGGGAGAGGAAGAACCGGAAAGAAAACCUCGCCGCGGUCCUAAGAACACCCCGUACUGGUACUUCUUAAAGUGCAAAGCCCUCAUCAAAGCCGACAAGCUGGCGGAGGCUCUGGAGCUGUUUGAGGUGGAGAUGCUGAAGGAAGAGCGUGUGCGGCCGGAAGAAAGCAAUUACACUGUUCUAAUUGGCGGCUGUGGCAGGGUUGGCUACGUGAAAAAGGCAUUCAGGCUCUACAAUGACAUGAAAAAACGAGGCUUAACUCCCACCGAGGCCACUUACACAGCCCUGUUCAAUGCCUGUGCCGAAUCGCCGUGGAAAGACUCCGGCCUGCAGAGCGCUCUCAAAUUACGGCAGCAGCUAAAGAGCAGAAAUGAAGAGCUGAACCUGAUCGCCUACCACGCGCUGCUGAAGGUCUGUGCCCUGUGCUCAGAUCUCAGGAUGUGCUUUGACGUACUGAAGGAAAUCGUGGACAAGGGCCACGUUCUCACAGCCGAGACCUUCAGCUUCCUUCUCAUGAGCUGCAUAAAGGACAGUGAAAAUGGCUUCCGAUAUGCCUUACAGGUUUGGAAACAAAUGACUAAACUUGGAAUAAAGGGCGACAGCCACACUUACAAUUUGAUGCUGCGUGCUGCAAGAGACUGUGGAAUCGGCGAUCCGGUUGUGGCCUCUGGACUCCUGCUCAGACCCACCGAUGAGAACUCAUCUCAGCUAAGGCUUGCACCCGGGAGGCAGAAGGUGAAAAAUCAGAGGAAGAAGGGAUCAGAGAGCGCAGCUGCUGUCCAGCUGGAUGUGGAAGCUAUGGAAAAGCAAUUAUUUCAGGAGAGUUCGGUGCAGCCUGAAGAACAGAUCUGGCAACAACAUAAAGAUGUGAAUCGGGCUGAAACAGAGCCAGCUGCUCUCGACAGCCCCAGCGUAGCUCACAGCAGGACUGGAGCGUUGAUGAGGAGAGGCCAGAACAAGAUGGAGCAGGAACAAGCACGCCUAAGCCAGAAGCUGCAUUUCUGCAACCUGCCCAACUUGCUGGAUUCCAGGAUGCCCGACGCAGCCGUGGUUUCCUUGGGGACAGUGGCCACGCCGUCCGAUCGACUGGCUUUGAUGGGGGGUGUGGAGGGCUUCUUGAAUAAAAUGAAAGAAGACAAUGCAGAACCCAAUAUUAAAACAUUUACGUUACUGGCUGAGCUGGUGGAACCCCAAAGCCCCUCGGAGUCCUCUUUGCUGGCACUCCUAGAUGAGCAUAAAGUGAAAGUAGAUGUGACCUUCUUUAACACCUUAAUAAGGAAGAAAAGUUGUCAGGGAGACCUGGAAGGAGCAAAGAGGUCUGGAGUAACUCCCAACAAGUACAUCUACAGCACCCUCAUUGCUGCCGCUGUGAGGCAGCUGGAUUACAGGUACCUCACAGAGAUCCUGCGAGACAUGAGGAAUAGCCAGGUGCCUCCCAAUGAAGUUAUCAUACGCCAGCUGGAGUUCGCAGCACAGUACCCUCCGAAAUUUGACAGGUAUAAGUCAAAGAACCCAUACCUGGAGAAAAUUGAUGGUUUCCGUGGCUACUACUAUCGGUGGUUAAAAGUAAUGGCAGGAGAGGAGACCCCUCACCCCUGGGAAAAAUACAGAACAGCGAAACGUGCGGUAGAUGACAAGAAGGAAGAGGCUGUGCAGGAGCAGCCAGGGCAGAAGUAG